GGCGGGCACCAGCAUCAGCGCUAGAGAUCAGUCAGACUCAGUCACGGUCAGAAUCAGACUCAAUCGCUAUCAGUACAGUCAGAUCUGUUUCUGAUCAUGCUCGGACGAUGUGAACUUUAAUUUGAACUCAUGAUCUCACAGAAGAUGGUCGCAGCACACAGCUCGAGCUCCUCUGCAUCUGCUGAGUGGAUCGGCUGUCUGGAUAAGAGACCAGAGGAACGCUCAGGGGAAGAUGUGGACAUUAUUUUAGCCCGUCUGAAAAGUGUGAAGGCCUUUGAAAAGUUCCACCCUGCUCUAUUUCAGCAGAUCUGUCUGUGUGGUUUCUACGAAUGUCUGGAGAAAGGCGUCACACUGUACAGGCAGGGUGAUAUCGGCACUAACUGGUAUGCUGUCCUGUCUGGGUCUCUGGAUGUCAAAGUGUCUGAGACAGCAAACCAUCAGGAUGCUGUCACCAUCUGUACGCUGGGCAUCGGCACAGCUUUUGGGGAGUCAAUACUGGACAACACUCCACGGCACGCCACCAUCGUCACCCGAGAGUUCAGUGAACUGCUGCGGAUUGAGCAGAGGGACUUCAGGAGCCUGUGGGAGAAGUAUCGUCACUGCAUGGCUGGUCUUCUGGUCCCUCCCUAUGGUGUUAUGGAGAGCGGCCCGAACGCUGAUAGAAUGCCUGACAAAGAGAACCUGAGCAACAGCUCUCCUGGAUCCUCAUUCAAACACUUGAAAAAGACAUCAUUUAUUCAAAAUCCCACCAAACUUCAUCCCAAAUCCAUUACACAGGUGCCGUCAGAAAAAAUCUUGCAGGCAGGUAAAGUGUUAAGAAACACCAUUCUGUCCCGAGCGCCUCACAUGAUCAGAGACAGAAAAUACCACCUGAAGUCAUACAGGCAGUGCUGCAUGGGAACGGAGCUUGUUGAUUGGCUGUUGCAGCACACUUCCUGUGUGCACACUCGUGUUCAGGCUGUGGGCAUGUGGCAGGUGCUGCUGGAGGAGGGAGUUUUAAACCACGUGGAUCAGGAGCUGAGCUUCCAAGAUAAAUAUAUUUUCUAUCGCUUCCUGGAGGACGAAAUGGAGGACGCCCCUCGUCCCAACGAAGAGGAAAAGAACGAGAGUGACGAAGAGCUGCAGGACACCCUCCUCCUCCUCUCUCAGAUCGGACCUGACGCCCAUCUGCGAAUGAUCCUGCAGAAACAGCCUGGACAGAGGACAUCAGAUGACUUGGAGAUCAUUUAUGAGGAGCUGCUGCAUAUUAAGGCCUUAUCACACCUCUCCACCACUGUGAAGAGGGAAUUAGCCGGGGUUUUAAUCUUCGAGUCUCAUGCGAAAGCAGGCACGGUGUUGUUUAAUCAGGGGGAGGAAGGGACGUCUUGGUACAUCGUCCUGAAGGGCUCUGUUAAUGUGGUCAUCUAUGGGAAGGGUGUAGUAUGCACACUUCAUGAGGGAGAUGACUUUGGCAAGCUGGCUCUGGUGAAUGAUGCACCUCGGGCCGCCUCCAUUGUACUGAGAGAAGACAACUGCCACUUCCUCAGGGUGGACAAAGAAGACUUCAACAGGAUCCUCAGGGAUGUGGAGGCAAACACGGUCCGUCUGAAGGAACAUGAAGAGGACGUGCUAGUUUUGGAGAAGAGUAACAGCAGAGGUUCCAGUUCUUCUCCUCUCAAGUACACUGUGAUGUCAGGGACUCCGGAGAAGAUUCUGGAACAUCUUCUGGAGACAAUGAAACUCGAUUCUCAAUUCACAGAAUCAGAUCCCGCAAUGGAUGACUUUUUACUUAUGCACGGUGUGUUUGUCCCAAACAGUCAGCUGUGUCCUCUCCUCGUGGCCCACUAUCAGGCUCAGGCGUCUCAGGGCAGUGAGCAGGAGAGGAUGGAUUACUCUCUCAAUAACAAACGCAGAGUCAUUCGUCUGGUGUUACAGUGGGCUGCCAUUAACACAGACCACCUGCAAGAGGAGGACACCUCCUUUCACUUCCUCCAGGAUUUCUAUGAGACGGUGUGUGAAGACUCCAGACUCAUUCCAGCUCUGAAGGAUCAUGUGCCUGGACUAGAGAAGAUCGUGAAGCAAAAUUCAGAUGAUGACAGACCCUUUCGAAAAAAGCACAAAGUCCUGCUGCGUCAGUUCAGCACGGGGAACGACAGACUGCUCAAGCGACAGCCAAUCAGGAGCACCGAUGAGAUUCUCUUUAAGGUGUUCUGCAGUGAUCACACCUACACGACCAUACGAGUGCCUGUCGCCGCGUCUGUUAGAGAGGUCAUCGCCGCGGUUACGGAUAAACUGGGGUCAGGCGAGGAACUUCUGCUCAUCCACCUCAGCUCGGCCGGAGAUAAAGAGGUUCUGAAGUCUUCUGAUGUGUCCAUCUUCUCCUCGCUGAGCAUUAACACGCGUCUGUUCGUCUGCACGAGAGAUCAGCUGGACUCUUUGACUCCUCUGCCGGAGCAGGAGGGUCCGUCUGCAGGGUCCAUGUCCACGUUUGAGCUCAUGAGCUCUAAAGAUCUGGCUCAUCACAUGACGCUGUACGACUGGGAACUCUUCGACUGUGUACAUGAGCAUGAGUUGAUCUAUCACACGUUCGGGCGGCAGCAUUUUAAGAAGACCACAGCUAAUCUGGAUCUGUUCCUGCGGAGGUUCAAUGAGGUCCAGCUGUGGGUGGUCACAGAGGUUUGUUUGUGUCCCACACUUAGCAAACGUGUCCAGCUUCUCAAGAAGUUCAUCAAGAUCGCAGCGCACUGUAAAGAGUUUAAGAACUUGAACUCAUUCUUUGCCAUUAUCAUGGGUCUGGCAAAUCCAGCCGUCUGUCGAUUAAAUCAGACGUGGGAGAAACUGCCGAGCAAGUUUAAGAAGUUUUAUGGAGAGUUUGAAAACCUGAUGGAUCCUUCCAGAAAUCACAGAGCGUACCGACUUACAAUGGCCAAGUUAGAACCUCCCAUCAUCCCUUUCAUGCCUUUACUGAUUAAAGAUAUGACGUUCACACACGAGGGUAACAAAACAUUCACUGACAGACUGGUCAACUUUGAGAAAAUGAGAAUGAUCGCGAACACAGUGAGAAUCGUGAGAUACUGCAGAAGUCAGCCAUUCAGUAAGUCACUUAGAAACAGAGAUCAAGAAGCACCUCAGGUAGCAGGUAAAAACCAUCAGGAUGUGUGGAGCUACGUGCGUCAUAUAAGUGUGAUUGACAACCAGCGUACCCUAUCACAGCUCUCCCACCGGCUUGAGCCGCGCCGGACCUGAGCCGCAUCACUGCAGAACUACAGUGUCAGUGCUGCUUUAUCUCCGCCAGUGAAUAAGCUAUAGAUGUAUUUAAACAUCCCUGCAGCAUACUGUAUGCGCAGUAAAGUCAAACCUGCCUCCUUACAAGUACUUUCCUGGUUUUGACUGCUUGUUUGAAAGUGUGGCUUCAUCUCAGUGUACGGCUUCAUAUCACUCAACGUUCUUCUUUCACCUUGCGUCCUCUCUUAUUCCCCAAUAUUAUUUCAUUACCAUUUGUUUUUACACACAGUUCUUCAAAUGUGAACAGAAUAGUCUUGUUUAAACUAAAGCUUCUUUUACAGAGUCUUACUAAUUUUGCAUUUUUCAUUCUGAUUGUGUUUUACUUAAGAAGGAGGCGAGGAGGACAUGCUGAUCUGAGAUCAAAUGGUUUUAUUUCUUAUAAUAAUUUGUGAAUAUGUUUGGAACUGGAUGUACAUGUUGGUAAGAUAUUUAUGUCAUCUUUGGCAUGAAGUAAAUACAUAUCUAAAUGAAUUCAUAAGAGCACAUUUCAGAAGCCUCUUCAUGGCUUGACAGUGAACUUUAUACCUCUCUCUGUGUCUCUGUGUAAAUAAACCUGUUUUAAGAUGCAUAUUCAAGCCUAUUUUUAUUUCAAAUGAAUACGUUCUCAUAGUAUAGAACUACAAUUCUGCAUCAAUUGUUUAAAAAUCUAAAAUAUGUGGCCAACUAGGGUCCUGCCAGUGAAUCUCUGUCAUCAUCAUUGAUUGCGUUUUAUUGUAUGGCAAUAUUAUUUCAUUAUUUUGCAUUUUAUUCUUUUACAUUUUACAUUCUGUGGUAGUCUGUUAUUUUAUUACAGAAAUUAUACAUUGUAAUUAUUAUAGUAACUUUAUAAUUGUAUUAAUUAAACUACAAACCCUAACAAAAA